AGCCCUAACCCUUGACCAUCGACACCUAAAAUGGCAACCGCUGGCACUUCGGGACAGGCGACCUUCGGUCUGGGCAGGAGGAAGAAGAACCCUGGUCUACUGGACCAGAUUGGGAAGUUCUUUGGAGGGGACAAGAAGAGGAAGAGCAAGGGGUCCUUCCGGGGUUCCGCCGCCCCUGUCCAGGCCUCCCCUCGUCGCCGUGGGGAAGAGAACGCCGUGGUGCACUUCUUCAGAUCCAUUGUUUCCCCUCCUCCUCCCAAAUCCAGGUGGAGAGGACUUUCUGCCAAAUUAGGCCUGGGGGACCAGAGGUCCUCGCAGUCUCGCUCUGAUGCCAGCAAAUCUCCCUUCAAAGGACAGAAAGACCGCCGGGGAGAAGGGGAGGGCACCCUGUCCAGGAUCUUCAAAAUGGGAGGAAGCCGAUCUGGUUCACCAGCGAAACGCUGAUGUCACUUCCUUCUGAUCCCCUUUUAAAGGAACAAGAUGUCAACUUAAAAGAGGAAAGAAGAAAAAAGGAAGGAAAUCUCCGCUUGACAGACUCACACCUUGCUCUGCUCUUUAACGCACUAAUAACCGCCGCGCCUCGUUUCCCUGGCAGCAGAUAGCAUCGAGACCUCCGCGCAUAGUUAGCCCCGCUGCGAAUCCAGUGCGGUCGCCAUACUGUAUGUGAGACCGUUGUCGAAGACGUCGCUGGUUGCCUCACAAGCUAAGUCCUAAAGGAUUCGGGGUUUCUCUUUUUUUUCUUUGCUACCAUCUUCAAAAUGUCCAAAAAAAAAACCAAAACAAAAUUAAAAAAAAAAAAACAACAAAAAAAAAACCAAAAAAACAAAAUGAGGCCGAGUAAUCGGCCGAACUGAACUGUCGUCUUGUAACUGACCCAGCGACCGGUCAGAUGUCCGCUUUGUCCCUGUGCUUUGGUCACAUGGUUUCUGGUAGAAUGUAGGAGUUCAUUUUCAUUUGGUGUCUGUCUUAGUCUUUUUUCAACAUAGAAGGCUUGUCAUUUAACACGUUUAUUACAAUUGUUUUUGUUGUUCAUUUUAUUUUUUUUAAAAUAUCCCCUUUGGUUUUUGGGUAGCUUGAAACAUUUAAAACAUGCUCAAUGUUACUGUCUGAAAUGUUAGUCGUCCUGUCAAGACUACACUCUGUCUACCUAAAAUAUGUAUUGUCCAGAGUCUUUUGUCCUCAGUGUUUUACUGCAGUCUGUGGCUGGUUGUGAAUUUUGAUGAUGCGUUACAUAUGAUGGUUAUAAACUGGACUAACUACGAUGUUCUACUUUGUAUUAAUACAAAAUGCGCUAUUAAAUUAUAGUCGUCAUCCUCUGUUGGUCAUUUUUAACAAAGGUACUAAAAUCACAAUGGAUAUGGCGCUGGACGUGUUCCAACCAUGUCUAAAAUGUAAAAAGGUCUGAAGUGCACUGUUUAUUUUUCCAUAAGAAAGGAGAAAAGGUCUACGUUGCGUCAAAGCGUGUGCUGGCACAGCUGUAUUUAUAGCAGCUGCUGCAGCAUGACAGCCGAUUUAAUUUCUGCUCUUCUCUCCAUUUAUUUGUGUUUUUCUCUUUCCGUGUUAUGGUGUCUUGCCUUCUACACAAGCACUGCGCAUACAAAGAAUUGUAGCUGAUGCAAAGAAUACAGCUAGCUGAUGCAAUGCCAUGUGAUUUCCUAAGAGUGCGCUGCAUAUAUAGAUGGGUUUAAAUAGGCCCACGUAAAGGUGCUCAUUUAUUAACAAACUAAAACAAACAAAAACAUGUGUUUUGUUGUUCCUCGUGUGUCCAAACGUGGGUUAGGAUUUCAUGCGGGAGAGAGGAGUGUUCGGGGAAGUCGUUGAGAGUCCAGAGGGAAAGAAAAAUGGCAGACUGAUGAAGCAUGUUGGCUCUGCAAUGUUCAUGUCUCAAAAAAAGAAUAAUAAUAAUAAAUAAAAAAAACUGCCCAUGGGUUUAUGAACAGUACAAGUAUUCUGUAGUGCAUCCCCACCCCCAUCUCUGUGUGUAUGUGAUUUCUGUGAAUGAAUGUAAAUUAAAACCCUGAAACCUUUGAGUAUUGUACCUGCCACCAAAAAAAUAAAGAUAAAAACAUGACAUGCCUCUUUAACGUAAAGUAAAAAUAAAAAAACUCAUAAAAGAA